CGCUUCGAUUGCAAGAACACUGACAAGAUGCAAUCCCCCGGCACAAUUCCGUCCGUGGAAGCGCUGAUGGCCGAGGACGACCAAGCGCAGCACACGGAAGGAACUGUGACAGAGAACGAACACGGGGAUAAUGGUGAUGGCACAUGGGUGAGCCCCGUGAACGAGCUAGACUCGGAGUUCUCGUCGCUGAUCCUCGACCCCACGGCAUCGUCGUCGUCGACUGAAUCGCCAUCCUCGAUUGGUAUCUCGCCCAUGACGUUACACUGGCUGCAGCAUACCCUUAACGCAACGUCUGGGUCGGGGACGUUUAGUGCUCUCACCGAGUUCGACAUCGCCCUCUUGUCGCCAUGUACGUACAUGCAUGCACCACUACCGUCAAACACGUCAUGUAGACGUGCCUCCUCCCAUGUCGUCGAAUGCAGGCAUGGUCAAAGACGAGUUCCGUGGGGAGGCGAUUGAUUGGAAGUCCUUCAACGAGAACAACUACGACGACCACCAGGCAGACACGUCCCCUGACCAGUGGAAGGACAUUCCGCAGUUUCGACCGCCCGUAGCCGCGCCUGGCCCUCCACCCCCCACGGAGCAGCCUUCCCCGCAGUCGGAAGGACCCGUUCAGAAGCUGCUCACGUCCACGGUGUACAACAUGUGGCCGCAGAACAGCGUCCCGUCAAGCGCUUCCCAACCUCAACCUCCCAUGAUACCACCAGCUUCUGCAUACGAUUCCAACAAGCGAAAGGCCAUCAUCUCGCCAGAAUUUGUGCAGUAUGAGAGCACUCCUGUCCCCCACGUCCAGCCGACGCGGCGGCCUUCGAAGAAAGUUCCUUCGUCGGUCGUCGUAGUUGCCGACACGAAGCCAGCUAGUGGGUUGUUGGCACCAAUCACGGAAUCUCCCGACUCGAAAGGCACUAUCCGAUGCAAAUGCACGGGAAAAUGCCGAAAUGCCCGCUGUGCAUGUGUCAAAGCGGGCCAAUUGUGUGGCAUCGAGUGCAAGUGUUCCCACUGCGCCAACCCAUUCGUCCCCAUGCAUGCUUGGGGCAUUGAUAUUUCGAAAAUCAUGACGGACAAGUGCCUGAUGCAGAAUUUCAGCCGCAUCAAAGACAUGGACGAAGUGCUGGUGUCGCUGGUAGAUUUGGAAUGCCCAUGCGGUGCACCUACGGUACAAGUUCCAGUGUACACGACACUGCUGCACCCAACCAAAACCAACAAUAUCCACCACGACGACUCGGUCUAUUUGUUUCCGAUUUCGUGUUUGAAAUGCCCAAAUAUAUUUCAUUAUUCGUGGUGCACGGGCAAAUUGUGGUGGAAUAAACAACCGCGCAAGCAUUGCGAGAUUUGCAAACGGUGUGGCAGCCACCGAAACCAGCAUUGCCCGGAUUGCGGGCACUGCUACUUUGCCGGCGUAGCAAACAGCUUUGCUUGUCCUUGUAAACAAACCCCAGCAAGCGGAGGUGGGCUGCCGGCGGUCCUGGGCGACGCGCCGUCAGACUUACGCAAGCCAUCGCAGCACGAGCAGCAGCAACACCUGUCUCCUCCCGCCACCAGUCCAUUGUUCCACGAAGAAAGCGACAAAGAUAAGACCGAGCAGUGCCCCGUCCAAUAAGACCGACCUUAUUAAAACUGGCAUAAGACCCAGCUUAAAACACAAACCACAAGACUAGAGCAAGAAACCCGACUGGCAGCGUUGAGCAGACUGGGGGUGCACACGGCCAAAGCCUCCAACUUAUCCGCUGUGAACGCGUUAUCUCGGAAUGGCGAGCCUGGAAACGGGGCGCGGUAGUAUUGGAGCACGCCGGCCUAGGAGCGUGCCACGUAUUAGGCUUGAAUAAAGUAUGAUGGCAUC